UUUUCGGGAACAACACGUACUGAAGAUGUUAAUUUUUCAAAAUGGAGUCCUCGUAUUGAUGGAGAUUUUCUACCUAGAGAUUUUCCUCAAUUAAUUGCUAAUGCUGAACCUAAACAAACAAUAAUGGGAUUUGUUGAGUUAGAGACGUUAUUGUGGACACAAUUCAUGGGACGUAAUAAUACAUUGGCUGCUUAUGCCAUUCCAUGGGAAGAAUCAAAAUACUUUGAUAUUCAGCAAUUUAAAGACAAAGUUAAAAGAAUUGUUACAAAAACUGAAUUUUUUGGAGAAAAUCUAGCUAAUGAAUUGGCUAAUGAAAUUGUGGAAUUUUAUCUAAAUAAUGAUCCCCUUAUUGAAUUUAAUCGACUUGAAAAUACAGCAGCCUCCAAUUAUUAUUAUUUACAACGAUAUACUUUGGUAAUUAAUUUGAUUGAGAAAGAGUAA